AUGAAGUUAUAGCAACAUAUAUAGUAUCUAGAAUUAUUUAUGUGAUGGCUGUCAAAACCCGUUUCCAAGUGAUUAUGAUGAUGAUCACUGUGUUCUUUCUUUCAUCUUUAUGCAUCACUUUGGGAACCAAAUUAAAAUUUGUUGGAGGUAGUGGUCCAGAUUUAAGGCUUAGAGAUGCUGAGAGUAACAAAGUUAGAAUAACGGUAAGUCAAAACGGUGGUGGUGACUUCAAGACCGUUACAGAAGCUGUUAAUAGCAUCCCUCAAUGGAAUAAUAGGAGAUUCAUUCUGUACAUUGCACCAGGUAUUUAUAGGGAGAAGAUAAUGAUCCCAAGAACGCUUCCUUUUGUUACAUUCUUAGGGGAUGCUAGUGAUCCACCAACAAUUACAGGGAAUGAUACAGCUUCUAUCGUUGGAAGAAAUGGAAAACCAAUUGGCACUUUCCAGAGUGCGACAGUUGCCGUCGACGCUAACUAUUUUCUUGCCAUCAACAUCAAAUUUGAGAACACAGCUGCACACUGGAUUGGAAGGAGAGGGGAACAAGGAGUGGCGCUUCGAAUUUCAGGGACCAAAGCUGCAUUUUACAAUUGCACAUUCUAUGGCGCUCAGGACACACUAUAUGAUCACAAAGGCCUUCAUUACUUCAACAAUUGCCUCAUUCAAGGUUCUGUUGAUUUCAUCUUCGGCUCUGGCAGGUCCCUUUACGAGAACUGCUAUCUAAAUUCCACAACAAGGAAGGUGGCUUCCAUCACAGCUCAAAAGCGAACAAAUUCAUCAAUGGAGAGUGGAUUUUCGUUCAAAAACUGCACAGUCACAGGGAGUGGCCAAGUUUUUCUUGGACGAGCAUGGGGCGAUUAUUCAACGGUUGUUUUCUCUUACACCUUCAUGGACAAAGUUGUCCUUUCACAAGGAUGGAGUGACUGGGGUGAUCAAAAGCGCGACUUGAGAGUAUAUUAUGGAGAAUACAAGUGUAGUGGCCCUGGGGCUAAUUUGACUGGAAGAGUUCCAUGGGCAAGGAUGCUUACAGAUGAAGAGGCCAAGCCCUUCACUGGAAUUCAAUUUAUUGAAGGAGAUUCUUGGCUCAUCAGCCCCUGACCUUAUAAAUACAAUCUUCAACUCUUUCACUCAUUGGGGUCAACCCGUUUAAUUUUUUUACUAUUAUCAAGCAAAAUUAUGAGAAUGGAAGAAUGUUGAGACUUUUAAAUUAAGUUAUAAAUGAAAAUUAAA